GCGCCCUCUCUCUCUCUCUCUCGCCCCUCUCCUCUGCCUCCUCUCUCUGGCUCUGGUCGCCGUCGGUGAGAAGCCAGCUGGCCGCCGUCCGCCAUGGUUUCGUGGAGCGACGACAGCGAGGAAUCGGGCUACGAGUACUCUUCAGGCGGCUCCCCUAUCAAGAUCCCGGCUACAAUCGAGGACCCGAACUACUCUGGUGUUGAUGAUGAGGUGAUGGUGAUGUGUGAGCAUGGCCAGCCGGCGAAGAGGCAUGUUUGCUUCGAAGGGAUUAGCACUGGGAGGAGGUUCAUUGCCUGUGGACUUGAUGAAGCAAGCAGUUGUGGUGUUGUUCAUUGGGUAGAUGAGGAGUGGCCAGAGCAUCUGCAGAAUGCUCUUCACAAACUAUGGCUUUUGUAUGAGGAUUGCCAGCGUGCUAAUAGGAUGGCAUGUCUGGAACAUUCAUCACUUGUCCACAAUCUCACAUCACAGAAGAACAAGCUACAGGAGACUUAUGAGAAGCUUGUUGAGGAUGUGAACAACCUACUUGAUACCCAGGACAAUAUUCCCAAGGAAAAUGAAGUCCAACAAGGUGAACAUGAGGAGAUCACUCCUCCUUUGGACAACAAUAUUUCAGCUUUGAAGGAACAGCUGGGUGCAAUGGAUGCUGAGAACAAAGAACUGAAGCAAAAGGUUGACCAGUUGAAGAGCAUUCAGGUUGCCCAAGGUAAUGUGAUUAGGAAUCUGAAGUUUGAUCAUUUGAAGGAGAAGGAAAAGUUGAGCACUGAGAGGAGGAAUUUGGAGUUUCACAUUGCUGAUCUUGUCAAAGCUAGUGACAAGAACAAGAGAAAGCUGAAGGACAUCAAGGAUAUUUGCGAUGAAGAGUGA